AUGCCUUCAGCAUCAAAACGCUCAAUUCUUAUCACAGGGUGCUCCUCUGGUGGAGUUGGCCAUGAUCUUGCCCUUGAAUUUGCCGCUCGCGGUUUGCGCGUCUUCGCAACUGCUCGAUCCACUAAAUCGCUCUCUAGUCUAGAUGAGAAAGGCAUUGAGACGUUUGAACUCGACGUCAUGAAUGAGGAGAGCAUUAGGGCACUGAAGGACGAGAUUGUGAAGCGAACUAGUGGAAAAUUGGACAUAUUAUUCAACAAUGCUGGCACAAUGUAUGAAGCCCCAGCAAUCGAAGCCGACCCUGCUCGCAUCCGUAGCAUGUUUGAUACAAACGUCUUCGGCUUGUUUGAUAUGGUUUCGGCAUUUACUCCUCUUCUAUUAGCCUCUACUUCCCCAAAAAACACGCCACCUGUGAUUAUCAACACCUCGUCGGUGCUAGCUCGUCUCCCUUAUGCGUUUUCUGCUGCGUACAAUGCCUCGAAAGCAGCCGUGGCUUCUUACAGUGAUACUCUUCGGAUCGAACUUGAACCACUCGGCAUUAAAGUUGUCACAUUAUUCAUGGGCGAAGUCGCAACGAAGCUCAUGUCUCCCGAUAAUAUCUAUUUCAGCUCUGGGAGCAUCUACACAGAUGUUUUGGAACGGACCAAGGAGAGAAGUCGAAACCAUGCUAAGAACAGCAUGUUGCCAGAGGAGUUUGCUAGACAAGUUGUCGAACAAAUACUUGUUAGGUCCCCCCGGCAUGGAAAUGGUGAAUAUGUGUGGAAAGGCACAAAUGCUUGGGUGGUUUGGUUCCUGAAUGCCGUGGGCUGGAGAAAGAUAUUUGACGGCCUAGUCAAAAAGAUGGUCGGCCUUGACGACAAGCAAGUCCAAAAGGCCAUUUUGCAGAAGGGCCAAGCGUCUAUGAGCAAAGGACGGAUGUACAAUAACUAG